UAUAAUAAAAGGUAAAACAGACAGAUUGUAAAGAAUUGUGAUGUUAAACUUAUAAGAUGGCUUCUUUCUGGUUAUUUUUAAUAUACAAAGACUCCAUCAAUUUGUCUGUUUAAAAUGGAUUGUAUUUAAAGACUAGAUUAACACGCAAACGAAAUUGUAAAGCACGAAUUUGAACAUGGUGAAGUACACAACAUUUACCGUGGGAGUUGUUGCUUCCAUGUUCUUGUUACUCGCCUGUGUUGGCAUGGCAACAUUUGCUCAAUUAUCCCAAACAUGGUGGCUUAUCGAGACAAAUUCUUCUAUAAUUUACGAUUUUGGAUUGUACAAAAUUUGUGCACGCAAUGCAAGCAAAAAAACUUGUUAUCAUUACGACGAACACAACAUUGGAUCGUCGGUGAAUAACAGAAUUCAGGACCUGGAUUUAAAGACCUUAACAACCGAAACAACAGCCGGCCAAACAGUUUGGUUGCUAUCAAUUUUUGCCAUUAUUUCACAUUUUCUAUCAUGCUGUCUUGGGCUCAAAAUAACCACCACAUCUUUGAAAGAGAAACCUGUACUAAACUUUAUACGCUACCAGUUGGCAAUUAUACUAGUUGGAAUGAUAUGCAACAUCGCAUGCGUCGUCACGGCUUACACGAUGAAAGAAGAUGUACUGGACAAUGGCGUAAAAUUUCUCAUAAAGCGUGGAUACUUGGCUGAUGCUGGAAAUUCAUCCGCAGGAACAGGAUUGAAAUUACAAGUCGCGUCUUCUAUUACAAUAAUUGCUCCUUGUGUGAUCUAUCUCAUCUUAGUGGAACGUGCGAGACGAUGCCAAGUUAUUUAUAAAAAUAAAACGUGCCAUACAACUUUAAACUCACCAAACACACUUUCUCGUUUCUUAUAGUAUAUUCGCUACUAGUUUGAUGGGUAUCUGUGUUUAUUGAGUAGUAGCCACAUAGUUUGCAAAGCAUUCUGCUGAGUAAACGGUCAUGUUAUUAACAAUGGGAUCCACUCUGUUUGUGCCACUGAUUUUGUGAUGGGGUUAACAAACCUCCUUUAGAAAACCUAACAAGGAAAACCCUUAGAGUUUUAAGCAAAUUCUAUCUAUAUAAAAAAAUUAGCGUGUUUUGAUCUUUUUACACCAAGAUUGGCUUUUUCCCAAUUUUUCAGCCUAGCGGAUAUCCUCGUUUCUAUGUACUAUUGGCUUAAGCCGUUUUUUAUUAUACAGACGGCGAGGGAAAAUCCCCUUGAAAAAAUGUCGCCUAGUAAAGUGUAUGGUUAAUUUUUAAUACACGAAAAAAGAAAAAAAAAUAUGUAUUUGA